ACGAUUCGAGCAACGCAGCGCUUUCCGGCAGUGAGGUAAACAACGCGGUGUAGACAGUGAGUGAGCCGGAGUUAACGUGAGGCUAAAUAUGAGCUGUCGUUUAAUCAAUGUCUUCUGUAUGAAACUCGGUGAAUACUGCUGCGUUUAUUAGGGUUUGUAACGUGAACGCGGAUGGCCGCGGUUCCAUCUGGGCCUGGUAGCGGAUCCCGGGCAGAGAUGAUUUCCUUCCCCGGGAUUCGGCGCUCUGUCCCCGGGGAACUGGAGACCAUCAGUGGAAAGCUGCAGGACUCGGGCGUGACAGAUACAGGACAGACACCGGAUGUGUGCGGAUGUAAACUGGACCCGUUCUCACAACAGAACCAACAUUGUGAAACGUUUGUGCGACAGAUUAACGGCUACAGCUGUAUCGGAUUGUCAGGUUUUAUCCACGAUCACAAACAGGAUGAGAGUUUAAAUGAACUUCAAUCCACCUCAGAUCACUGUGACAGAUCCAACAGUGACCCAAACACCAGCAACCCAGAGCACAAACUAGGUUUAUCAUCUUACCAUGAUGUAAACCAAAAGGUUGACAACAGUCAAACUCAUGGAAAUAUAGGACGUGAUCUUGGUAUUAAAGUCACAAAAUGUUACCUAAGGACUGAUCAAGGACCUGCUGUAGCAUAUCAGACUGUUUGUGGUGCUGAUGGACCAGUAUUAGAGAUGUGUAGGCUAAAUCUGAACCGUUCACCACCAGCCACAGAAGAGACCCAAAGUCAGGAUGUUGUGUAUGUGCAUUAUGAAUCUGAACUUCAGAUGCCAGGCAUAAUGAGACUGAUAACUAAGGAUCUGUCCGAACCUUAUUCCAUAUAUACGUACCGGUACUUUAUCCACAACUGGCCACAGCUUUGCUUUCUGGCAAUGGUACAGGAGGUCUGUGUGGGAGCAAUUGUGUGUAAACUAGACAUGCACAAGAAGAUGUUUCGGCGUGGAUACAUUGCUAUGCUUGCUGUGGACUCCGAAUAUCGUCGAAAAAACAUUGGUACUAACCUUGUAAAGAAGGCCAUCAAUGCUAUGGUGGAGGGAGCUUGUGAUGAAGUGGUUCUGGAGACAGAGAUCACUAACAAUUCUGCUCUGAAGCUGUAUGAAAACUUGGGUUUUGUGAGGGACAAGCGGCUCUUCAGAUAUUAUCUCAAUGGUGUGGACGCUUUGCGGCUCAAACUGUGGCUACGCUAAGCUGUCUGAGCCUCUCUUUCUUCAGUAUGCUCGAUCAGAACACAGUUUUGACUGGGCACAAUCAUUAAAGGCUAUUUUUGCUGUUUAAACAAAGUACAAAACUUGAUAUAUCUCUGUGAGAAUCAGGGAUCACAAAGGAAAAAAUCUCAUGUGUAGCGUUUGAAGUACUCAGAGUUACUUGGUAUAACUCUAAGCAGCGCUCUAGCAGAUAAAAAUCAGAUUAGGCUGAAACAAAUAACUGACACAAGACAUUUUGUGUUUAACUCGAGGCUUCAAUAAGACGCAUUUUGUUUCCAUUUUGUUUAUUGUUACACAGUGGUUUGAAAAAGUACGUUUUUUUAUGUAGUGUGGUGUGUUUUUGAUUGCACUGAGGGGAUGCUGUGAGCAGCGUGUGCAAGUAAUGUGCUUACUGUUGAAGCUGAUAUGUGAUUUCUACAUGGGUGGAAGAGUUCCACUCUAUAUUAGUCCCAAAGCUGUCAUUUCCCCAUAAGCUUCUGUUGAAUCAUGCAUCAAGUUUUAGAUUUAAUGAAAGAUUUAUUGAAAUAAAAGAGCAAGUAUACAUUGUGUAAAAGACAGAAUAAACACUUAUCAUGUACGGGAGCUCUUUAAUGUGGUACUGAUGCACAUAUUCACAAAUUAUCGUUAGUCAUAAUAACUGAGAGAUUCAGGUUUCGGAAGGUUCCGUGUGAAAUUCUACCUGUGUCAGCAGGAAUAUCCAAGUUUUAAAUCCAUGUCUUAAAAAAAACUUAGUCUGACCAACUACUAACUCACAAAACACCUUUUGUGUUGGUCAUGCUGAUAGAAUAGAAGAAGAAUAUUUGAGAAAUAGUUUAUGAAUGAAUUCUGCUGUUGUUACAUCAUAGACAAUUUAUUUCAUUUUAGAAUGUAACAUCAACAAUUACAAAAAAAGUUUUCCUUUAUUAUGUCAAGUAAUAAGUAAGAUGGAAGAUAGCAGAUUUUCCGUGUUUUACACAUUUUGCUUUGGAACUCAUUUUGUCAUUGGGAGUAUGCUGCAACUAAAAGAAAAGAAAAACAUUUACAAACCCCUGACACCAGAGACUCCUUACAUAAAGGUCUCAUAACAGAAAUCUUCACUGUCUAAAUGAUUACAGUCUUUAUGUCCUGUUAUUGUUAAACAUAGACUACAAGACGCGGUAUCUAAUAAAAGUCCCUGUGAAUUAGUUAGUACUGCAGAAGAGACUAUAAGUUAUUAGAACGAGUAUAAACACGUGAUUUGAAUUACAUCAGAUUCAAGCAUCAGAUUCAAGCAAUCAAAAGAUAAAUAGAAUAUUUUACUGUUUAAUGUGAAGUAUAAGGAAAACAAGACAGAGUACGUAAGUAACAAAAAUGGUCAGAAACUGGGAGAAUGUGGUAUGUGUGGUAAAAUUAUUAUUUUGUAACAGCCUUAACAUACUUUUGCAUCCUUUGAAUAAUUUUUUACACAAUAAUUCUGUCCAAUGUUAUCCAUGAUGAGCGAGCAUUUUUUCUGUUCAUGUUGCUUUACACUCUGGAUUGUUGCCUUGUUUUAUGUUUAAUGCUUUGUAUCUGUUUGUUGAGAAAUAUUUAAAAUACAGUAUAUAAACAAUAUAAUUAAUAUUAUUUCAUAACCAGAAAUUAUGAAAGAUGCAAACCGUACACAAUGCUUUCAUAUAUAUAUUAGGUGUUUGCUUCAGGAGGUGGUGUCUAGAUCGGAUAGAAGAGAGUAAACAACUGGAAUAUUUAAUGUAUGUGGAAAAUGAGAGCAGCUGAAAAGUUUACUGGAUAUUUCACAUUUUAGAGCCCUUGUUGAACUAAAUUGAAAUAAAAUUUGUUUUAACUUUUACAGCAUCUGUGAGAAAAUGUAAUUUUAUUACGGUAGCUUCAUGUUGCCUAGCUUUUGAAUUAAAGAAAAUAGGUUUCUACAAUUAUUUUAUAAUUGAAAGUGAGAUGUCAGAAAGUAUGUUGCACUUUUGUGAUCCACAGGCAGAGUGCAGCACUAGAGCAAAAGCACAACUUCCACAGAGAGCCUUCAGUCGAAACAGAAGAAGACCCAGACAAUCUCUCUUCUCCUACUUCAGUUAGCUGAGCACAGCAGACAAUAACAGUCUGAUAAGUUCCCCACAUCCAGCAGUUUUUUGGAUGGCUAAAGUCAUGGGCAGAUUAGAGAAAAACUCUAAAGCCAAAUAUUAUUAAUAAAAGACGGAACACAGCAGAUAACUACAGUUAUGGAAUGUAACUGUUAUCUGUCAGAUUUUCAGUAUGCUAAAUCUACGUGAAGUGUUAAAAAAAGUAAAUACAUGAUCUGGUUAAGCAUAGAGCCAGUUUCUCUGGUGUUUCUCCAUGGCUGUAUUAAGCUGUAGUUCAUGCUUAACUGUAGUCACAUGUAAAAAUGUCCUCAUUACUAAACACCUUUAACAAACUUUGCCAAUAGCAACUGGUCAAAUUUUAUAUUUAUAUUUCAUAUUAAGGCUUUCACACAUGUCCAGUAAAAUCAACACACUUAAAAGUUGUGGAAAAAAUGAAGUAGCUGAUCUAAGUACUAAACAUGUUCUCUAUUGCCUUUGUUUUAAGAUACUGAAAUGUUUUACUACGCUCAGUGAAUAUACGUUAAAAACCAGUCAAAAUGACUAAACUUUCGGAUACUCAUAAAAAAAAAGUCGGGUAAUCAUAAAAAAAUAACAUUUCAUGUCAACAUUUGUUAAAGAAAAGUGCACAAAGUAUGAAUUUUGUUUAUUACAUUGUUUCUUAUUAUUUGCUGCAGGUGAUUUUGAAGAUCCGGACACAUAAAAGCAACAUGUGCUUGUUUUUCCUCACUCUGUUUAGUCUUAUGUCUGUUGGUGCAAAUUCUUUCAAUUGUCAUAACGAACUCAUUAUAGUUGCUGAACUACCUUAACAAAAUGGAUUAGUAUUUAAUUAUUAUAUACAAAUGUGUGAUUUGUUAUAUAUAUUGGUUUUACUGGGUCCUUAUCUUUCUGUGAAGCUGGGGUUUACACAACAUCAUGUUUUUACAUCUACUUUUACAUUUAGUUAUUUCUAAAUUCAUCACAGUAACCUUGGACUUUUUUUUUUUUAACAUAUCCUGGUCUAUUAAUUGUUGUGGACAGCACAGAAUGUCAAAUAAAGUUAGAUUUUUUUUCUC